AUGGCAACUAAUUCAACAAAUCCACUUACCAUAUUUUUAUGGAACGCCAACGGUAUUCUUCAACACCUAAAUGAACUCCAAAUCGUGAUUUAUGAGAAAAAAAUUGAAAUAGCGCUAAUUUCCGAAACUCACCUCGUGAAAUCUUCUACACUCUACACUAAAUUCAUGGAUAUGAAAUUAUAAGAGCAGAUCACCCUGAUAGAACAGCACAUGGCGGAGCUGCUCUAAUAAUCUCCAAUCAAAUUGAACACUCCCCUCUGUCACCUCUCAGGAGCUCCAAUAUUCAAUCAGCUAGCACAACGUUAAAGAUAAACUCGGUUCCUAUCUCCAUAGCAUCUUGUUAUUUCCCUCCUGGAAAUUCAUUUUUUACACCUGAACUUAUAAUUUUUCUCCAAUCUCUAAGCCAUAGCUAUAUUUUGGGCGCGGACUUCAAUGCCAAACACCAAACUUGGAGCCGUUCCACUAACACUAGGGGCCGAGCGUUACACAACCUCAUAACUCAAAAACACCUCAAAGUCUUAUUAAGCCCCUCUCCGACUUAUUGGCCGUCGCAUGCCAACCGUCAUCCAGAUGAUAUUUGA